AUGCAUGCUCUGGCUGGCUGUCACUUGGGCAUCCAGCUCUGUCCUGCCGUGGAAGCCACAGCCUGUAAUGGAUCAGAGGACUUUUCACCUGUCUUCUAUCUGGUGGGCAUCUCCUCUCUACAGGAGUUCCUCUUCCUCCCUGUCUUCUUUAUCUUCCUGCUCUUCUACCUCCUCAUUCUUGUGGGUAACACCUUGAUCCUGGUGGCCGUAGUGGUAGAACCUAGCCUCCACAAACCCACGUACUUGUUUCUGAUCAAUAUCUCUGCCCUGGACAUCAUUUUCACCACAUCUACUGUCCCCAAGAUGCUGUCCCUACUCCUACCUGGGGACCGCCUCCUCAGCUUCCCUGCUUGUUUCCUGUAGAUGUACCUCUUCCACAGCUUCUCCUACUCAGAAGCCUUCAUCCUGGUGGUCAUGGCCUAUGACCGCUAUGUGGCUAUCUGCCACCCACUGCAUUACCCUGUCCACAUGACCACACAGACCAAUGCUGCACUGGCAGCCAGUGCCUGGUUAAUUGCCCUCCUCCUGCCCAUCCCAGCAGUGGUGCAGACCUCCCAGAUGGCAUUUGACAGCACUGUUCAUAUAUACAACUGCUUCUGUGAUCACCUGGCUGUGGUCCAGGCCUCCUGCUCUGACACCAUCCCCCAGACCUUUAUGGGCUUCUGCAUCACCAUUGUCAUGUCAUUCCUGCCCCUUCUCCUGGUGCUUCUCUCCUAUGCCCACAUCCUGGCCUCAGUACUUCGCAUCAAUUCCAGAGAAGGACGCUCUAAAGCUUUCUCUACCUGCAGCUCCCACCUUCUGGUGGUCAGCACCGACUACUCAUCUAUUGCCAUAGCCUAUGUGGCCUACAGGGCUGAUCUGCCUCUUGACUUCCACAUCAUGGGCAAUGUAGUGUUUGCAAUUCUCACUCCUGUUCUCAACCUCCUCAUCUACACCCUGAGGAAAAAGGAUGUCAAAACAGCUAUUACCAAAAUGGCAUGUCUCCAGGACUCAUGGCGUUCUGGGGCCCUUGAUCCUUAG